AUUCAAGGAGUGGUAUUUACUUUACAAAGGGCCUCACAAAAGAAUUCCUAUAAAUAGCACACUCCUUUUCUUUGUUCUUUCCUUUCCUCCUUCCUUCCUCUGUUCCAGGCUCUGUGCUAGGGAAGCCAUGGUGAGCUAGAAAAAACAUCAUUCCUCCUCUGUGGGCUCUCUGGCUGGCUGGAGGGACAGCCCCUAAUCAGAUCACUCCACACUCAAGGAGCCAUGGACGGAAGGAACUAGAAAGCAGCAUCCCAUGGUGCGAUGGCAGCAAUGCUUCCUCUGUUCUGAGGGCCAGAGAAAGCUUUCCCCGAGAAAGUGAUGUUCCAGAUGUUCUCAAGUCAGCAAACAUUUACUGAGUACUUUCUAUGUACAAGAUGAACAUCUGCAACAAGCCCUCCAACAAGACAGCGCCUGAGAAGAGUGUGUGGACAGCACCCGCACAGGCCAGCGGACCCUCCCCGGAGCUGCAGGGCCAGCGGUCCCGCCGGAAUGGGUGGAGCUGGCCCCCGCACCCGCUCCAGAUUGUGGCCUGGCUGCUGUACCUCUUCUUCGCGGUGAUCGGCUUUGGGGUCCUUGUUCCCCUCCUGCCUCACCACUGGGUGCCUGCUGGCUAUGCUUGCAUGGGCGCCAUCUUUGCUGGCCACCUCGUGGUGCACCUGACUGCUGUCUCCAUCGAUCCAGCAGAUGCCAACGUGAGGGACAAGAGCUAUGCCGGGCCCUUGCCCAUCUUCAACCGAAGCCAACACGCACAUGUCAUUGAAGACCUGCACUGCAAUCUGUGCGACGUGGAUGUGAGCGCUCGCUCCAAGCACUGCAGUGCCUGCAACAAGUGCGUGUGCGGCUUCGACCACCACUGCAAGUGGCUCAACAACUGUGUGGGAGAAAGGAACUACCGGCUCUUUCUACACAGUGUGGCAUCUGCUUUACUGGGUGUCCUGCUCCUCGUGCUGGUGGCCACUUAUGUCUUCGUGGAGUUCUUUGUCAAUCCCAUGCGGCUGCGUACCAACUACCACUUUGAAGUCCUGAAGAAUCACACAGAUGUGUGGUUCGUUUUCCUGCCUGCUGCCCCUGUGGAAACCCAGGCUCCUGCUAUCCUGGCCCUGGCCGCCCUACUCAUCCUUCUGGGCCUGCUCUCCACAGCCCUGCUCGGGCACCUGCUCUGCUUCCACAUUUAUCUCAUGUGGCACAAGCUCACCACCUAUGAGUACAUCGUGCAGCAUCGUCCGCCACAGGAGGCAAAGGGGGCUGACAGGCAGCUCGACUCAUGUCCCCCCAAGAUGCGACCCAUUCAGGAGAUGGAGUUCUACAUGCGGACCUUCAGCCAUGUGCGCCCAGAGCCCCCUGGCCAGGUCAGGCCUGCUGCAGUGAGUGCCAAUCUCUCCCGGUUCCCUGUCACCAGUGGCCAAGUGGAGCCUCCACUACCCUCCUCUCCAGAGACUCUGGCUUUGCCCCCCAGGAUCCGGCCCCAGAAAAAGAGGAAGCCGGGGCCCCCGGUCCCGGGCCACCGCUCCAGCUCGUCGUCGGAUUCUCGGGGCGCUAGCCCGGUGCUCGUCGCUGGCCCUGCAGGCGCCUACCACUCGGCGUCAGCGGAGUCCAUGGACGAGAUUCCCGUGGCUCAGACGCGCCUGGGCAGCGCCGCUCUGGCCGCUCCCCGAGACAGGGGCCCAGAGCCAGGGCUGGAGCUGCAGGCCCGUGUGCCUGCUGUUUUCGUGAGCCCGAGCAGUGGCGAGCCCAGGGCGCGGGGCAGCCCGGAGGCCUGCCUGGCUUAGCUGGGCCGAGAGGCCGAGGAGGAGCGGCUGGCCCGACUCUCUAUGCAACACCUCGACCCUUGCCGACCCAGUGCACUGGAGGAGCCCGCAGGGCCGGCGGGAUCGGCCACUCUCCCCACGACUCAGCAAUACCCUCCCACCGGCCAUGAUGCUCCAAUAAACGUUUUUAUGCUUUUGCGGA